AUGAGACUGCUGCUCCUCAUAGCGACCUUAGUGCCAUUUGUGUUAUCACAGUACUAUAUGCAACCCCAAAUGCGUCCGGUGAUGCAGCCUCAGCAACAGAGAACCAUGUAUUAUCCAGUAAGGACUAACUGCCAAAACAGGUGCAAUCAGCAGACUAGAUACCGAUGGAAUGUCAGACCAACCAACAUCCGACCAAAUCUUCAAGUACAAAUCCGCACGAUCCCUUCUCAACCUGGACCAAUUCGCCCAAUCGUGAAUCCAGGGCCAGUCCCAACUCUUCCAACUCCACCACCAAGCACUUUGCCACCAAUUACUUAUCCAAGACCAACUGCUGGAAUCCCUAUUACAAUUUCUCCAACAACACAAGAGACUACCACCCAGCCAUCUACCACAACAACACUUGAGACACCAGCUCCUGAGUCCACUCCAUCCAUGGCUCCAUCCCAUACUGACCCAACGCCAGCACCCGAGACCACAGUAGCCCCAACAACAAAGUACCUGCGUCCGGAGCGCAAACAAACAAAAGCCAAAUACUUCAACCCAUGCGCUGUCGGCCAGCCACUUCUUAACGAAUUCUCCACUCCAAUCUCAUGUAACUACUUGAACCAACCGAACGGUGGAUGCCCUGAAGAUCACUUCUGUCACACGGGCGCCUCGUUCUCAACCACCGCGUGUUGCCCGUUGAUUUCUUCUGAAGACCGAUGUGCUCAACGUAGAGAUACGGGAGAAGGAGAUGAGCUAGUUGCUAGAUGGUACUUUGAUAGUCAGGCCAAGGAAUGCAGGCGGUUUUUGUACAAGGGAAUCCGAGGAAAUGCUAAUAACUUUGUCACCAAAGCGCAAUGUGUUGAUGCAUGUGAAGCAGAAACCGUGACCGAUGAGACAAAUCCAUGCAAGAUCAGUAACGCGGCCAAGUAUAAGAACGGUAGUCGCAUUAUUUGCGGUCCGAACGAUGACUCCAUGUGUCCGAACGGCUAUUACUGUCAUAUCGGCGAGAACCCGGAACUGACGGCUUGCUGCGAGAACAGUGGACUGACCGAUCCUUGCUUACUCUCCAUCAAUGUUGGCCAAGGUAAAGCCCUACUCAAGCGAUUCUACUACAACACUUUCUCGAAGAGAUGCACCGAGUUCAUGUACAAGGGAACCAAGGGAAACGAGAACAACUUUUUGUCAUACACACAGUGUCAAGAGAAAUGUCAAAAAUGGGAUAAUCCAUGUCCAGUGGCUGUCAAUUAUGCUCAAAAGAAGGAAUGUGGAAUGGACAACGGCAAUAGCACUGACUGCUCUGCUGGGCAAUGGUGCCACAUCGGAGCCACUAAGGAAUCUUCAGUUUGUUGUCCAGGAGCAUCUCCAGAUCCAUGUUCUCUCCCGAUGUUCGCUGGAGAGGGAACUGGCAAUCUCACCAGAUGGUAUGCGGACCCAGCUGACAAGUCGUGUAGCCGCCAGUGCAAGUCGUUCACUUACAACGGAGCCAAGGGAAACCAAAACAACUUCCUCACCAAACAACAAUGUGAGUCGAAGUGCAAAAGAGAAUGCAAGAAUCCAUGUGGAUCUGGAACAAUGCUAAUGACCCCAACCAACGAGCCACGUACCUGUAGUCCAAGUUCCCCAUGCCCCAGCUCCCAUUGGUGUCACGUUGGCAUCACACCAGAUACCACAGUCUGUUGCUCAGCUGUACAGAACACUUGUGAACUUCCAAUGACCAAGGGAUACGGUAACUCACAUUUGACCAGAUGGCACUUUGAUAAAAACCUUAACAAAUGCGUCAAGUUCAUCUACAGUGGAGAGGGUGGAAAUCAAAAUAUGUUCUUGACCCAGGAAGACUGUCUUACUGUAUGUCCAGUUUUCGAGAAUCCAUGCGGUAGUGGAAAGCCGCUAUUGAUUGGAGCCAAGCCAAAACUCUGCUCACCAGAUGAGAGAUGCCCAUCCACUCAUUUCUGUCAUAUUGGAGUUGAAGGAUCCGAAAACUACUGUUGUCCUAAACACGGUGACCCUUGCCAACAGCCACUUGCUAUCGGAACCGGAGGAUUCUCAAUCACCAGAUACUACUACGACAAGGAAACCCGCAGAUGUCGUGAAUUUGCCUACGAAGGACAGAAGGGAAAUGCCAAUAAUUUCUUGACCGGAGAAGAUUGUGGUCUCGUGUGUCCAGUACUUCCAAACCCUUGCAGUUUGGGCGAGCCACUGCUCAGUCUGCAGAAAGAGCCGGUGAUUUGUGGAGGAGAAGACACCUGUCCAAACGGAUACUAUUGUCAUGUCGGAGGAGCGCCAGAAACGACCAACUGCUGUCCUGGAACUCGUCGUCCAUGUGACCUACCACUUGAGGUCGGUCAAGGCAUCGAAAAGCUCGAGCGUUGGUUCUUCGACGGCGGAAUUCAAAUGUGUCGUCCAUUUGUUUACAAGGGAAUGAAAGGAAACUCGAACAACUUCCUAACCAAACAGUCGUGCCGACAAGCUUGUAAGGAAAUGAACCCGUGCGGUUAUGGCGAUCCGUUGGUCGACACCGCUGGAGAACGCAUCUUGUGUACCGGAGGACAACGAGUGGAUAGUUGUCCACAGAACAGCUACUGCCACGUUGGAUCAAGUGCUUUGACCACUUUGUGCUGUCCAAAGAGAAAAAUCGACCCAUGCGACCAAGCAGUCGAAGAGGGAACUGGUUCUGAAGACUUGCCAAGAUGGUUCUUCGACCGCAAACAAAACCGGUGCGCUCCAUUCACCUACGGAGGAGUUGCAGGAAACGAGAACAACUUCAUUAGCCAAAACACUUGUAUGGAGGCGUGUCCAGAGUAUAGAAACUAUUGUCCACAUGGAAUUCCACUGAUCGAAGGCUCCACAGUAACCUCCUGCGGAAUUGAUAAGGGAUGUCCAGAAGGAUUCAUCUGUCAUAUGUCCUCAGAAUUCAACGUCUCCAUUUGCUGUCAGGAUCCAAUGGAUUUCUGCCUUUCGGCUCGCGACUCGGGACCAUGCAAUAACUUUGAAAAGCGAUAUGGUUAUGACGCGAAUACCGAUACCUGUGUUGAGUACCAAUAUGGUGGAUGUGAAGGAACACUGAAUAACUUCCACUCGCUCCAAAGAUGUACAGAGAUUUGCUGCAAGGAGUACAAGAGAAGACAUCGAUUGUAA